AUGGAACUAGAGGCAUAUAAAUUCUGGCAACGAAUGGAUGAAAACUAAAUCAGGAAAUUACCUAAGAUGGAAUAUAAAGUUAUCUGAUAAAGAAUUAGGAAACCAUGGGAAAGUUAAACGUUGCAAUCCUGCGGUACUUGUCUUCGGAAGAUUUUCGAGUUUUGACAGCCGUCGAAAUGGGAAUGAAAAAUCACGAGGUUGUUCCAACACCGUUGUUGGCUUCCAUAGCAAACCUAAAGCAUGGUGGUUGUCACAAGAUAACAAGAGAACUGGUCAAACACAAACUGUUAGCUUAUGAAAAGGGAAAAGCCUAUGAAGGUUAUAAGCUGACAUUUGGUGGUUAUGACUAUCUUGCGUUAAAAGCAUUGACAAAUAGAGACAUAAUACACUCAGUCGGGAAUCAAAUUGGAGUUGGAAAGGAGUCUGAUAUUUAUAUUGUGGCUGACCAAGAAGAGAAACAAUAUGCAUUAAAGUUACAUCGCCUCGGAAGAACAUCUUUUCGGAGGUUAAAAGAAAAGCGAGAUUACCUGAAGCAUCGGAAGAAUUAUUCCUGGUUAUACCUGUCCAGGCUUGCUGCUAUAAAAGAAUUUGCCUACAUGAAAGCGCUUCAUGAUAUUGGGUAUCCUGUCCCAAAGCCAGCAGAUUUUAACCGUCAUUGUGUUGUGAUGGAGCUAGUUGAUGGUACUCCACUAUGUCAAGUGCAAAGCUUGGAUGACCCAGCUUCUAUUUACAAUGAACUGAUGGAACUCAUAGUUCAACUAGGAAGCUAUGGACUGAUUCACUGUGAUUUUAACGAAUUCAAUAUCAUGAUUAGCGAUGCUGGGAAAAUAACCAUCAUUGAUUUUCCACAAAUGGUCUCUAUUUCUCAUAUCAACGCUCAAUGGUACUUUGAUCGUGAUGUACAAUGCAUAAGAACAUUUUUCCGCAGAAGAUUUUCCUACGAAAGUGAACUCUAUCCAAAGUUUACCGACAUAAAACGGUCACAAAACUUAGAUGUAGAGAUCGCUGUCAGUGGAUUUACCAAAGAACAAAAAGAUGAGUUUGAUGAUUCCGUAGGUCAGUUCGAAAACCUUUGUGAACUUGAGGAGGAUGAAUCAGAAAAGGACAACGAAGAUUCGUCAUCUGAUGAAGAAAAUUUCAAGGAUAAAGAAAGUCUUUCUAAAGAAAAUGAAAAUCUUACAGAUAAACCAUUGGCAGAGCCUAGCAUACCAGAUGAUAAUUCUGACGCAAGCAGCGAGUCCGACUCAGACUUAGAAGAAUUGAGCCAACGCAAUCGCUCACUCAAACCCUACAGAGACGAGAAACCAGACGGUAAUCCCCAGACUUCUGAAGAAAAACACGACCUCGAUGGAGACCCACACGAGAAGGCUGGCGCCAAGAUUAUGGAACCGGAAAUGAUCAGAAAGAAAGUGAAACAAUCAUUGGCUAAGAAACAACAAAAGGCGCGAAGGACAAAACGGGGGGAGGCGGGUGUAGUAACCCGCAAACGCAGAGAAAAUCGAUCUGCUGUUGAACAGAGUAGAGAUGGCAUUUGGUGAGAAAGUAGUAAACUCCAAUUGUGGAACUGUAAUAUACACCAUGGCUGGUCUAUUUUUAAAUCAUUCGAUUAAUUGCAUUGUAAAACGAAGUCUGCAUUCACAAAAACCUUCACAUUGUAUGACCUCCUGUCCUUUUACUAGGACAACCUGAUCAAGUCGGUCUCAAUGACCUGUGAACCACUGGCGUAGCCAGCAUCGAUAAUUGGGGGGGUCCAUAUUCAUAUAUUCAUGUAAACAGACUG